AUGAGAGACCAGGAGUUGCUUGAUCGCCAAGAUGCCGCAGCAAUUGCACAACGCCUGCGAACGGACCAGCAACUUUGCCGAGAGAACAAACUGCCCAGCACAUUGGCCAUCACAUUAUGCUCUGCUCCAAAUACAUUAUUAGAGAGCGUAGCAUGGCACAUCACACCGCAUGCUCAGGUUUCCAAAGCCCUGCGGGUAGCUAGAUGCAACGGCAUCAUCCAGGGCAUCAAGGCCUACCUCAGCCAACUGGAGAGCAGGUCAGAGGAACAAAAUACAGACCGAGACAGUUUCCACAUCCCCACAGACAGCGAACUGGAGACAACACUCAAAGUACUGGAUUAUCUCCAAAAGCACAGUUUGGUAUCGCAGGGUGCUACAACGGACUCAUUGUCGGAUGUGCUUUCUUCCGUGAAGGCUCAGUUCUCGAUGGAUCAUAUUCUUCGAACUGCACAGCACAGAAGUUUUCAAAAGCAUGAAAGGAUUCGACCUCAAAGCGAAAAGAUACGUUGCUAUAUAUGCCGGUAUUCAUUUACAGCGGCCGAUGCCCAUGAGUUAUACCCCUCGUUGUGUCGCCAGUGUGGUAUGUUCAACGUUGGAUGCUCAGAGCUAUCGUUGCCGAACAAGUUGAAUCUCAAUGGAAAAUUCGCUCUCAUCACCGGUGGAAGAAUCAACCUUGGUUUCUCAACUGCACUGAGAUUACUUCGUUGUGGUGCCCGCGUUAUCGUUUCGUCCCGAUAUCCUGCCGAUGCCGCUGCACGAUAUGCAAACGAGGAUGAUUAUGCCGAAUGGAACACGAAAUUGAAAGUGGUUGGGGCGGACUUCCGAACCGCGAAAGACGCCUUCCGUCUCGUUCACAUAGUGAAGCAAUUACUUCGUGACUGGGAAUGUGAAGCAGCAUCGGAGACCCCCCGACACCUCGAUAUCCUGAUCAACAACGCGGCCCAAACCUUGACAGAUCCCAUCAAAGCAGAAGUAAGAGCAAUCGAAAGAGAAGAGCAUUUCAGGGACCAUCCCGAGACAAAGUUGCUGCUUGCAUCCACAAACGAAGAAUACAAACCUCGAGUGCGCGGUGGUCUCCCAGCUUCCUGGGUCCCCAGUAUCGAAAACAACAAACCGCAGCUUUGCAUUGAGAAUGAACAAACGAGCGCAACCGAAACCCAAGUCACGCAUAAAGGAUUAAGAGCGUACGAUGAUACGGACUCCUCAAAAUCCUCCUGGGUCCAGUCUCUCCACGAAAUACCAUAUGAAGAUUUGAUAAGCGCACAUUCAGUCAAUGCAUUUGUGCCAUUAAUUCUAUGCCGCGAGCUUCUGAAAAGUAUGGGAUCAGAGAAACCGCAUUCGGGACUGCUUCCACAGGGAUACAUUAUCAACGUCUCAUCCCGCGAAGGCAUCCUCGAGGACACGCCUGGGUCCCGGAGCAAAGCCGGUCAUCACGUUCACACGAACAUGUCCAAGGCAGCCAUUAAUAUGAUCACUGAAACAGAAGCACAGUCUGCGUGGAAAGAGCGGCGCGUUGCUAUAAAUUCAGUUGAUCCUGGUUACAUGAGUGCUGCGCCGGAAUGCCAACGGGUUGAAGGAUGUCCGAUUGGGUUUGAGGAUGGUGCUGCUAGAGUUUUGUGGCCUAUUGCGAUCGGUGAAUCUGAGGGAAGGGUCAUAUCGGGCCGGUUCCUGAAGCACUUCCAGGAAGGGAUCUCUCUUACUCGAAGGGGGUGA